UAGACGCUCGGAGCCAUGGCGGGAAACAGAAAGGGGGCGUGGCUGACGCCGGCGUUGUACCUGUACGCCGCCCUGCUCAUCGUCCAGCUCGCCGUGCCCUCGGCGGACGGGUCCCAGGCGCCCCCCCCCCAGAGGAGGACCGCCUCGGCGGGGGCCCGGCGUGUGGGCGCCCAGGGCCUCACGGGGACGGACGCCAAGGGGGUCCCACUGCGGAGGUCCAAGAGGGGCUGGAUGUGGAACCACUUCUACCUGCUGGAGGAGUACACCGGCACCGACAUGCAGUACGUGGGCAAGCUCCACUCGGACGGGGACCGCGGCGACGGCAGCGCCCGCUACGUGCUGACGGGUGAGGGCGCCGGCUCCCUGUUCCGCAUCGACGAGAAGUCGGGCGACAUCCACGCCACGAAGAGGCUGGACCGCGAGGAGAAGGCCUACUACAUCCUGCGCGCCAAGGCGGUGGACCGCUUCACCAACGAGGCGCUGGAGGGCGAGAGCGAGUUCGUCAUCAAGAUCCACGACAUUAACGACAACGAGCCCCGCUUCACCAAGGACCUCUACAUGGCCCGUGUGCCCGAGAUGUCCGAUAUGGGCACGUCGGUGAUCCAGGUCACGGCCACAGACGCAGACGACUCCACCUACGGAAACAGCGCCAAGGUGGUGUACAGCAUCCUGGAGGGACAGCCCUACUUCUCUGUGGACGCUGAGACAGGCUUGGUGAAGACCGCGCUGCCGGGCAUGGAUCGGGAGUUGAAGGAGAACUACCAGGUGGUGAUCCAGGCCAAGGACAUGGGGGGCCAGAUGGGGGGUCUCUCGGGGACCACCACGGUCAGCAUCACCCUCUCCGACGUCAACGACAACCCGCCCCGCUUCACCAAGAGCCUGUAUGAGUUCCGGGUGCCAGAGACAGCCGACCUGGGGGCCACGGUGGGGCUCCUGAGGGCCCUGGACGCCGACAUUGGCGAGAACGCCGAGAUGGAGUACCGCAUCAUCAGCAGUGACGGCCCCGGCAUGUUCGACGUCUUCACCAAUAAGAGCACGCAGGAAGGAGUCAUCGUCGUCAGGAGGCCCCUGGACUUUGAGCGGAAGCGGCAGUACAGUCUGCGCGUGCAGGUGGAGAAUGUCCACCUCAACCCCCGGUUCUUCGCCGCCGCGCCGUUCCGCGACGACGCCACGGUGAAGGUCCAGGUGGAGGACGUGGACGAGCCGCCCGUGUUCGAGCGCCCGAGCUACGUCAUGGAGGUGAAGGAGGACGCCGCCAGGAGCACCGUCAUCGGCUCCGUCAGCGCCUCCGACCCGGACGCCCUCCACAACCCCGUCAGAUACUCUAUUGAUCGGCGGACGGACAUGGACAGAGUGUUCAACGUGCACGCGGGCAACGGCUCAGUGUUCGUCCUGAGGGAGCUGGACAGAGAGGAGGCCGCCUGGCACAACAUCUCCAUCAUCGCCACCGAGUUCAACGCCCCUCGCCAGAUGACCCGCGUCCCCGUCUUCAUCCGGAUCCUGGACGUCAACGACAACGCCCCGACCUUUGCCACAAACUACGAGACGUUCGUCUGUGAGAACGCCCGAGCCAACCAGAGGAUACAGACGGUGAGUGCCAGCGACCCAGACAACCCCAUAGGAGGGCACCGCUUCGUCUUCAGCCUGGCGCCGGAGGCCUCGGGCAAGGCCAACUUCUCUGUGCGUGACAACAAAGACAACACGGCGUGGAUCCUGACGCGGAGGAACAGCUACCUCAACCUGCAGCGGAGCGUGUACCUGGUGCCCGUGGUGAUCUCCGACGGCGAGUACCCCAUGCUGAGCAGCACCAACACGCUGACCGUGCGCGUGUGCACGUGCGACCGCGACGGCAACAUGCAGCUGUGCAACGCCGAGGCGCUGGCCGCGAGGGCGGGGCUCAGCACCGGCGCCCUGGUGGCCAUCUUGCUCUGCUCCAUCAUCCUGCUGAUGAUCGUGGUUCUGUUCGCCGCCCUGCGGAGGCAGAGGAAGAAGGAGCCCCUGAUCAUCUCCAAGGAGGACGUGCGCGACAAUGUGGUGAGCUACAACGACGAGGGUGGCGGCGAGGAGGACACCCAGGCCUUCGACAUCGGCACGCUGCGCAACCCCGAGGCCAUCGAGGAGAGCAAGCAGCGCCGGGACAUCGCCCCCGAGCCCUUCUACCCGCCGGUGCGCCGCCCCGUGCCACCGCCGCCGCCCGCCCGCGACCCCGGCCACGGCCACAACGGGGACGUCCGGGAGUUCAUCAGCCAGCGGCUGCAGGACAACGACGGGGAUCCCACGGCGCCGCCCUACGACUCGCUGGCCACCUACGCCUACGAGGGCAGCGGCUCGGUGGCCGAGUCCCUGAGCUCGCUGGAGUCGGUGACCACCGACGGCGACCAGGACUACAACUACCUGAGCGAGUGGGGGCCCAGGUUCAAGAAGCUGGCGGACAUGUACGGCGCCGACGACAGCGACAGGGACUCUUAACGGCGGACGCUGAACCAGCGGCAGUGGGCGAGAGAGGAGGAGGGGGCCGGAGAGUGGGAGAGGGGGGAUGAUACCACCGAGGGGUUUGACGUUUUGACGUUUGACGAACGCAAACGAACGCACUCUUACCUACGUGCCGAGAUGGGCAUCGUCUACUUUUUCUGGGUUGAGUAGCAGAGCGGAUGAAGGGGAGGACGCAGGCAACGGCCGCGGGCGCCACUGUCACGCUAUUGGUUGUGGUUGGAAUAACACCCCCCCCCCCCCCCCCCCCCC